AUGGCGCCCACGAUCCCGCCGUCCUUCCCUUCCCGCCGCGGCCAGCGCGCCGCCGCCCCCACCAUCACCAUCAACUCCUCCGACUCCGAUCUGGCCGUGCCCGUCAUCGACGUCUCGUCGUCCUCCGAAGUGUCCGCGCCCUCCCCCGUCGGCGUCCGAUCGUCGUCCGACAGCAACGAGGCCAUGAGCCGCGCGAGGACGCCGCCGCGGCGCCAGCGUCCGUCGUCACCGGCGACGAGAAUAAGUGCUGCGCCGCGGCGGCGUCCGUCCCCGCCCGUCCGCUCACCGGCCGCCACCGUCGCGUUCUCGUCCGUCAUGAGCAGCGGCACGACCCUGAUCGAGGCCACGACCCAGCAGCCGACGAGAAUAAGUGCCGCGCCGCCGCCGCGGCGCCCGUCGUCUCCCGUCCGCUCACCGGUCGCCCCCGUCGCGGCCUUCUCCGACACGAGUGGCGGCACGGCCGACGACACCAGGAGCAGCCAGCCGACGAGAAGUGCGGCGUCGCGCCGGCAUCCGUCCCCGUCCUUCCUCUCACAGGUCCCCGCCUUGUCCGACUGGGGCGGCAGCGGAAUGGCCGACGACGCCAGGAGCAGCCAGCGGACGAGAAGUACGGGGCCGCGCCGGCAUCCGUCCCCGCCCUUCUCCUCACAACGGGUCUCCGCCUCAUCCGACUGGGGCGGCAGCGGCACGGCCGACGACGCCACGACGAUCCAGCCGACGAGAAGUGCGGCGCCGCGCCGGCGUCCGUCCCCGCCCAUCCGCUCACCGGUCGCCACCGUCGCGGCCUCGUCCGACCUGAGCGGCGGCACGGACGACGAGGUCACGAUCCAGCUGACGAGAAGUGCGGUGCCGCUCCAGCGUCCGUCCCCACUGGUCGCGGCUUCGUCGUCCUACUGGGGCGGCAGCGGCACGACCAACACCGCCACGAGCCAGCCGAGGAGAUCUGCGGUGCCGCGCCGGCGUCGUCCGUCCCCGCCGCCCGUCCGCCCACUGGUCUCCACCGUCACCGCCUCGUCCAACUGGGGCGGCAGCGGCACGGCCGGCAACACCAAAAGCCAGCGUGCGAUAAGUGCGGCGCCGCUCCGCCGUCGAUCCCCGCCGCCGCCCUCUGCCGCCACGUCCGGGCUCUCAUCGGGCAGCGGCGGCGGGGCGAUCAGCCAGCGCAAGAGGAAGGCCCCCACGCAGUGGAGCCUCAACGACGAGCUCGCGCUCCUCGCCACCAUGGCCGACCUCCGCAAGGACAACCUCGGCGUGGUCCCCCAGGCUAGGUACAUCCUCGAGGAUAUCCGAGGCGGCGGGCGCGCCUUCAGCCGCGGCCGCGUUGACGACCUGGACGUGCAUGUGCUCUCCAACAAGAUGAACCGCCUCAAGGAGAAGUUCGCGACGACGGCGGGCAUCGCCAAGGACAACGGCGGCAGGCUCCCGCCGGAGGCGCCGCACCGCGAGAGGGAGCUCUUCAGGGCAUCCAAGAGAGUGUGGCCGGAGGUGUUCGCGGACCACAGCGCCGCAUACAUGGCGGCCAAAGCCGGCAGACGUCGGGCCAAGCUCCGCCUCUGA